AUGGGUGGUCCUCCGUCUACUACGAGUAUUACACACCUCAACCUCAUGAUAUUCAUCCGGACUCUUUGCGGAUCCGUCGCACAGCAAAGCCGGCCUAGCAUUCUCCUCACGUGCCCUCGAAGCAGUGCGAAAUCGAAACGAACCUUCCACAAUUUUCGUCCAUUCGGCGUCAACGAGACCAGCGCAGCAGAUCCUGUCAAGGAUGGAACUCCGCAAAAGACCGAAUUGUCUGCGAAAGAGGAAGUCUCAUCGUCGCACAAGAAACCUCUAAGAUCGCAUCGCAAGAACACUUUCAAUCCGUACAGCAGCGAAGGAAGAGAGAAAAUAAAGAACCUGCUCUCCCAACUCAGACCUGCCGUCGAGAGAGCCCAACAUAGAGCGGCGAAUGUGUCAGAAAACGAUGCAGGACCUCAAGGACCGAGUCCGCUCCCGAGGACCCCCAUACUUAGACGGACUGGGCCGAAGUAUAUGGGACCGAAAAGACGGCCGACAUGGCCAGAGCUGGACGCAUUGAAACACAACGUCUGGGCGCAAAUGCUAGCUGCUCCCGUACGAGCAUGCCAGGGCAGCGGCGCGAGACUGCCUUCCCCCUUUCACACGGAUCUCGGAUUCGUGGAGAAGCCGGAAAAAGAACAGGUCUACGUCUCGCCGAUUUACCUCGCAGACCUCGCGGCGCUGGAAAAGAAAAUGGCUCGGGAAGUCUACGAGGAAGACUGGCGACGAGUACGCGAUGACAAACGAGCGGCUCAAGAGCGCCGUGCGCGCGGAGAAGAGACCCAAUCCAUACCGUCAGGGCGGACAAACAAGGUCAAAGAGUUACCGCGAUCACGCAUCUUGUCUGAUAUGAACUUGUUCCGCCUCUUAACGCUGAGUUUCAUGGAGCGGAGCAAGCGGCGUGGGUCGAAGGAGAUAGUGACCAAACCAGGCCAUGUGAUGAGAUUGGUCCCCACGCCCGUCCGGGAAGCGAUGUCCAAGGCGCAGCAUUACGCUCUAAACAAGCGUAUGGUCGACAUCGCUACGGGUGUCUGUAGUGACGAUGACAGCCCCAAGUUGCACGAGCAUUAUCUGAAACAAUUGCAGUGGCAGGAGGAUGUGCACGAGCGUAUCGCGCGCAUUAUGCGGAAACGUAUACUCCUCGCGCUGAGGGCACUGGCUGAGCAGGCAGUGGACGACUUCAGGAAUGCAAAGGAAGUGAAAGUGCUUGCUCUACCGACGAACACGGACACUGACAAGGCUGAUUCAGCCGCGCGACGCCCGGAGUGCCCAUCAGGCAGUAUACUCUUGCAUAUCGGCGGCGGUGACACAUCUUCCUUGGUAUCCUCGAUCGCCGCGUCAGCGGACACACCGUCCGGAUCUCCUGGUUUGGAUGGUGGUAGCCCAUCGCUUCCUUCGAACCCGCUCCUUCCUCCAAUGGUCAGCCUUGACGGCACGCACCGUAUACCCGUCUUCCCUUUGACCAGGAUGCUUGCAUCCCACGACGCUGACUCGCCAGAACUAUCUGCACUGGCGGACCUUGUGGCCAAGCACACAGUUCUGCAGCACCCGAAUUCGCAGACCGAGCAGAGCGAUCAUUUCCUCCUCGUCCGGCCCGGCGUCGGGCCUCCGAAAGCUGUCGUCGAGGAAGUCUGGCAGCUGUGGCGAUACCUUGGCGGCUCGAACAUGGGAUUGGUGUCCGAUCCAGAAAUGGAGCAGAAACUAGUUCUUGAAGCAGAGCAACACCGAGAGACCGGCCGCCAGAAUGCAAGAGGACAAGAAGAUGUGGGUGCAGCAGCUGCCGUCAACACCACCUUUACCGUCCCCAGAAGCUGA